AUGUCAAGUACAACCAAAAAGAAGAAUAAACCAUCACUUAUCAUUCAACAUAAUACAAUAGACCAAAAAUCAAAUAGAGUAGUUGAAAGUAAUACUAAAUCUGAAAAGGAAAAGAAACAAGAUACUUCUACUUCUACCACCACUACUACAGACCUAUCAACUACUACAACUACAACUUCAACAAAUAUACAACAAUUACAAGAAGCAGUAAUAGAAGAAACUGGAGAAAUAUCAUCAUUGAGCUUGUUUCAAAAAGCAUAUAGAUAUUUGGGUGAUUGGAUAUACUUGACAAACUUUAAUUUCUUUUGUAAUCUACUUCGAUAUGGACCAAUACCAAAACAUAUUGGUGUGAUUAUGGAUGGAAAUCGAAGAUUUGCACGUAAACUACACAUUGAAACGAGUGAAGGUCAUAAAUUGGGAUUCACAAAGAUGUUGGAUCUCUGUCAAUGGGGACUGGCUCUUGGUGUAGAGAUUAUAUCGGUCUAUGCAUUUUCAAUAGAGAACUUUAAACGACCAAAACAAGAAGUAGAGUAUCUCAUGGAUUUGGCAAACAAAAAGUUUGAAGAGAUGAUUAGCAAGACACACAAACUUCAAAAGAUGGGCAUUCGUAUCAGAGUGGUCGGCGAUCUAUCAUAUAUACCCGAAAAGACAAAAUCAAUCUUGGCAAGAGCCGUAUUGGCCACGCAACACAAUACUCGUGCUCUUCUCAAUGUUUGUAUGUCUUAUACUUCACACAAUGAAAUGUUACAUUCUAUGAAUACUAUUUCAAAUGCUGUUAAAGAUAAUGUAUUAUUACCAGAGGAUAUAAACCAAGAAUUAUUUGAAAAAUGUUUAUAUAUACCAGAUGAUUUGGAUAUUCUAGUUAGAACAAGUGGAGAAUAUAGAUUAAGUGAUUUCAUGUUGUGGCAAACUUGUUUUAGUGGUACCAACUUUUUAAAUGUUUUAUGGCCUGACUUUUCCAGUUUUCAUUUCUUUUAUAUUAUAUUCCUUUAUCAAUCAAAUUAUCAAGAGAUUCAAAAACAAAGGAAAAAACAUUUAAUAGAUGAUAAUUUAAAACAGGAACAAAUCGAUAGAGUAAAGGCAUUCCAAAAUAAGUUGGAACAACAACAUCAAGAAUUUUUACAAGAAUGGGCGAAUAAACAUUUUGAUUAA